UUGGGGUCGCGUGAAAUUGGGGAAUUAUUUGUGGUUCGAAGAACAUCCCUGUGCUAGCCGGUAGUAUACUGUGAUUUGCAAGACCACUUAGUAGACGGCUCUGUUCAUUUCUGUAAAAUAAGAAUUGGACCGAUUUGGUGGAUACAAUGGCUUCUUCGGGCGAAAACCUGAAAGAUCUUGAGGCUAAAGCAUCCGCCAUGGAGCAGCAAGUCAGGAACCUCCAAAGUCAGCUACGAGACGUGGCCAGCGCCGAUAGCCCUCAUCUUGUCACGUUGAAAGCCGAAAACGAGAAACUGGAAUACCAAAUCUUGCAUUUGGAAAAGAGCAUCGCGGCUGAGAAGAAACGCGGCUGUGCCGGCGCAGUGAGGAGUGCAAGUCACAUGACCGACAUUGUAUCGCACUUGCGUCAGCUGUUCAACAGUGCCAUUACGGCAGCGUAUCCGCAGAUCCAGAAGCCGUCUGCUCUGAUCGCUCUGGGCAAGAAGGGUGUAGAUUACCAGGUCAAUAGCGCCAUGAGCUUGACGAAAGAGCUAAAAGCAACAGGUGUCAAUGCCAACCCACGGCAGAUCGCUGAGGCAAUUGUCAAGAACUGUCCAUCCAGCGACCUGGUGGAUAAGCUUGAAGUUGCUGGCCCAGGCUUCAUCAACAUCCACAUCAAGGUGUCGGUCGUGUCUGGCCUGCUGAGCGACGUUCUCACCCACGGCGUGCGCGCACCGGAUGUGGGUGAAAAGCGCCGGGUGGUGAUUGACUACUCGUCGCCAAACAUCGCCAAGCAGAUGCAUGUUGGUCACUUGCGCUCCACUGUCAUCGGCGACUGUCUGGCUCGUAUCAUCGAGUAUUGUGGACACGAUGUGCUUAGGCUCAAUCACAUCGGAGAUUGGGGCACACAGUUCGGCAUGCUCAUUGCACAUCUCGAAGACAAGUUUCCGAACUUCGAGAGCGAGUCUCCUCCAAUUGGUGACCUGCAAUCUUUCUACAAGGAAUCGAAGGUUCGCUUCGAUGGCGAAGAAGAUUUCAAGAAACGUGCCUAUAAGAACGUUGUGCUCCUACAAGGCGGUGACAAGAAGAUUCGUACCGGCUGGUCUCACAUCUGUGAGAUUUCACGACACGAAUUUGCUCAGAUAUAUUCUCGCCUUGGUAUUGGAAAGGAGCUGGUUGAGCGAGGGGAAUCGUUUUACCAGCCACUCAUGAACGAUGUUAUCCAUGACCUUAAGAGCAGAGAUUUAAUAUCAGAAGAGGACGGAUGCAAGGUGUUGCAUUUGAAAAAGCAGAAGGUGCCUUUGAUCUUGGAGAAGAGUGUCGGUGGAUAUACGUAUGACACGUCUGAUGUAGCCGCACUGCGCCAUCGCCUACAGGAGGAGAAGGCCUCUUGGCUCGUCUAUGUUGUGGAUGCUGGCCAGGGUCUUCACUUCCAGCAAAUCUUUGAGGGCGCUAAGAUUGCCGGCUACUCGAAUGACAGUUGCCGCAUUGAGCAUGUUGGCUUUGGCCUUGUACUGGGAGAGGGCAAGAAGAAGCUGAAGUCCCGAUCGGGCGACACCGUCAAGCUGAAGGAACUCCUCGACGAGGGCGUGGAGAGAUCAGCAGAGAAGCUGAAGGAGAGGGGCCGUGAUGAGGUCUUAAGUCCUGAAGAGCUAGCAGCUGCUCGCGACGCUGUUGCUUACGGAUGCAUCAAGUAUGCCGAUCUGUGUCAUCAGCGAACGCACGACUACGUCUUCUCCUUUGAUAAGAUGUUGGACGACAAGGGCAACACGGCCGUGUACUUAUUGUAUGCCUACACUCGCAUUCAGUCCAUUAUCCGACUUGCGAAGUCAGACUCGGGUGCGCUGACAGCUCGUGCCGCUACCACCGAGCUGGUUCUUGGAGAGGCGGCCGAGGUCAAGCUGGCGAAGCACGUGCUGCGCUUUGCCGAGGUCAUUCAGCGCAUCCACGAAGACCUGCUCCCACAUGUUCUCUGCGAGUACCUGUAUGAUUUGAGCACGCACUUCACUGAAUUUUAUGACUCCUGCUACUGCGUGGAGAAGAACCGCGAGACCGGCGAGGUACUUAAGAUCAACUGGUCUCGAAUUCUCAUCUGUGAAGCAACAGCUCGCGUCAUGGCCAAGGGCCUCAGCCUCCUGGGCAUUACCACCGUGGAUCGCAUGUAAAUUGCAUGCUUUCCACGCCUGCACACUGCUGGGCAGAACUAUUUCACCAUGCACGGUGAUGCACCUCUGUUCUGCCAUCAUCGUAGUCGUCGUCCUCUGUCAUUAAAUUUCAGUGGCUCUGCUUUGCUCUUCAAGCAUUGCCUUGUCUCAUAUUUUUGAUUUAACUUUUUUCUCUUAGCCCAUACCCUAGGUUUCUCUGCUAUUAAACUUCAUGUAAAUAUAUAAUUACUGGCUUUGCUGCAGUAGUUCGAUUUUUUGCUUGCUGCGGCGCAGUGCUUGAGCAGUUCUCUGGUGUGCAUGCAGCAUUCAGCAAAUACUUCACACCAAUGAGCCAUCCCGUAGCAGAGAGCUGUUUGCAGUCAUCUCGCUGCUGUGCCAAGACCACACAAUACAGUCCACUAUUAAUUUCUACGGCGGUUUUUUUGCUGAAUAUUCUUUAUUCCGAUGUCGGAAGAAGUAGUGAUCAUGAUCGUGAA